AUGGUUUUACUUUCGCGCAUGCUGUCGAUCCCCACGUUGCUGAAAUGUCUCAGGUAUACGGCGAACGUGACAUCGAGAAGGAGCUUAAAGUAUUCGAGCUACCCUCGACGCGCUCUGCCUCCGACGAUUUUAUCGGAGAUCCUCGGCAGCAAGAAGACGGAGAAAUUCGCUUCCGCUGACUUUGGCAAGGACGCCACGGCUGGAUCCGAUUUACAGAGAGCGGUCAGUUUCGUACCGGCAUGCUUGAAGGAAGAGUUGCUGUGCAAAUUUUCAGAGCCAGUGAGGGACUGCUGUCACAAAGUGACGAUCGUAGGUUCCGGUAUGGUCGGCGUAGCCUGUGCAAACUCAAUUUUAUUUCAGAAAAUGUCGGCGCACGUGGCAAUGGUGGAUGCAUUCCCAAAGAAGCUGGAAGGGGAGGGAAUGGAUUAUUGCCACGGGUCAGUGUUCAUAGGAAAUCCACGUAUCGACUUCGACACAGACUUCUGCAUAACGAGCAACUCGAAGGUGAUCAUCAUAGCCGCGGGGGUGCGACAGGUCAAGGGUGAAUCGCGUCUGGACCUGGUGCAACGAAACUCGGAGAUCCUGAAGACCAUAGUACCGACUCUGGUUGGGUACAGUCCGCACGCGGUGUUCUUGGUCGUCAGUAACCCAGUUGACAUUUUGUCGUGGGUAACUUGGAAAGUGAGCGGAUUACCGGUCAGUCGAGUUAUCGGAAGUGGUACUCACCUCGAUUCGGGGAGGUUUCGUUACCUGAUCGCCGAUCGUCUAGGAAUAGCGCCCAGCUCGGUUCACGGUUACAUCGUCGGCGAACAUGGGGACAGCCAGGUUCCACUCUGGUCGGGAGUGAACGUCGCGGGCGUCCAGUUUCGCGAUAUCCUGCCGAAUAUCGGGUUGGAAACCGACGAGGAGAGGUGGUACGAGAUAUCCAAGGAAGUCGUCAGACUAGGUCCUACCGUGAGAUGUUUGAAAGGUUAUUCGAACACAGCAGUCGGUCUUUCGGUCGCGGACAUUGUGAGCGCUAUACUGAACAACUCGCAAAGGGUUAUACCGGUUUCAACCUUGAUUCAAGGUCACCACGACGUCUGCCACGAGACGUUUUUAUCACUGCCCUGUACCAUCGGUGAGAACGGUGUCACCAACAUCGUGCGAAUGCGCAUCACCGAAUUCGAAAAGAAAUUGUUCCAAACAUCAGCAAACACCGUGUACAACGUGCAAAAGGACCUUAAAACGUGAUCGAUCCGCCAUUAUCU